AUGGGGAAGUUAAAAAGGAACAGAAGAAAUAAGACAGCUAGACAUAAUCCUGUUUCAAAGGAUGGGAAUGAUUCAAAGCAACAAGAUAAAGAUUCUAACUUAAGAAAAUCCAAGAUUGUACCAUUAAUUGAAAAGUUGACCUCAUCGAGUCCUAAUGAUAGAUCUAUGGCUUUAGGUGCCAUUACUGUACUUGCAGAAGAUGACAGAAUGAGACAAUUAAUGCUCAAGGAGAAGUUAGUACCUGUAGUGAUGGAACAAUGUUUAAAUGAUAAUAAUGAUGAAAUCAUAGUUGAAGCUUAUGGGUUAUUGAGAAAUAUUGGUAUCGAUGAGGGAUAUGAUAUCGUUAAAUAUUAUUGGAGAUCUAAUAUUUGGACUUCAAUCAACUCAGCCUUAGCUAAAAUAGAAAAGUCCUUUGAAUUCAUACAGAAAAAUCCUACCCCUAAAGAAGUCAGUAAGAAGAAAAGAGAAGAUGAAAAGUCCAAACAACAAUUAUUAUUCGAUUUCACUGAACAUGUGAUUUCAUUGAUUGUGGUGAUUGCCAGUGGAUCGAAUGAUUUAUAUGAUUCAGUGUUCGAAAAAAUUGACCCUGUAUUGAAAUUUAUUGUCAAUUUGAUCAAUUUCAAUAUCGAAACCGGUAUGUUAUCUGAUAAAUUAUUCAAUGCGUUAUUAGACUUCAUUUAUGAAUUCUCCAAUGAAUCCAAUGAAUUCAUCAAGAAGUUAGCAGACUUCAAUUUGAAUCUUGAUCAAUUAUAUAACUACUUGAACCCUUCAGCCAAUAUUUUAGGUAAGAGUUAUUUACAAGGUAUCAAAUUCAAUGUGAAUGAAGUUUUGGAUCUUAACAAUGACAAGAACGAUAUUAGUUUACAAAUAUUGACUUCAUUAUUCGAAAACUUAGGUGGGGUAGAUUUACAACAGAUCAAGAAAGCUUUAGUUAUCGAUAAUGCCAAUGAUCCUAUUAGUAAUGGAGAUAAGAACGAACAACUUAACGAUCAAGUCACAGGUAUCAGUGAAGAUAAACAAAAGGCUCAAAUGAAUUUACAAACAUUAGAAGUUGUUAUUGAUAUCACCACCAGUGUUUGGGAAUUCCUUGCCAUCAACGAAAAUUUCAAUGAACCUACUAGCUUGAAACCUGAAGUAUUACAAUUGAUAUUCAAAACCAUUUUACCAGCAAUUGUUGAAUUGAUGGAAUUUGAUACACAAAACAAUAAUAUCUUAUUGUUAACUGAUAAAUUGAUAGUUUGUUUAAACAAUUUAGCAUGGUUAAUCAAUUCUCUUGAAGAAAUACCUGUUGAAUGGUACGAUGCUAGUCUUAAGAUCUGGGAUUUAACUAUUUCAGUUUCUAAUGAUACCAACAAGAAAGAUUGUCUUAACUUAUUAUGGGCCAUAGUGAAGAGUUUAGGACCAGAAAUAAUCUCCAAGAUCAAUAUUGAAAUGAUUCAACAAUUGAUACAUCAAGGAGAUGAAUACUUGAAAGAAAUCAAUGAUAAGAACAUUGACGAAUAUCAUAUUGAAACAUUGACCUCCUUAAUUGGGUUCACUGGUAAUAUUGCCAUUAUAAUUAAUAAUACCGAAAUAACUUUUGAAAUAUCGGAAUUUUUAAUGAAAACUAUCGAACUUCUUUUAUCCAAUCACCAACAAAAUCCUAAGAUUAUCGAUGUUUUGAUCGAAACCAUAAAUAUCAUUUUCGAUAUUUUCGGAGAUGCUUCUUUCCCUUAUGAUUUUGAUAUUUACGUCACUAAAAAUUAUAAUGAGAGGUUACAAACUUUCAAUGCUGCAUUCAAAGAUAUUUAUAAAAAGAUUGAUAAAAACAAAUAUGGUGAUUUGAAGAUCAGAGGUGAGGAAACGUGGAAUAAUUUGGGUAGGUUUAUUGAUUAUAAGAGGAAAGAAAGAUCAUAG